UUUUCCUCUUUGUACUCAUAAUAUAUAGAAAUUGAGUUCUUCUUGACAGUUAUUGAAAGACUUCAUAUUCUAAAAUGACAACCUGCUUGUCUGCUGUGUCGUAGGUGGCCAACUGGCGGCACCUGGCCUGGCGUAUGGCCCGUGCGCCACCCGAGUGUGAGUGGAACAAAAUCUCCAAACCGCCAGGUUCCGGGCUGUCAACUGUUCUUCCUACAAAAUAAUCGCUACAAAAUAACACACGCAUUGCCGUCGCAACGGCACUCUUUCUUGUAGCGCUUGCCUGUAUAAGUCACCAUUACGAUGGAUCACGACGGCCAAGUGAUGGCUGUCAAUCCCGACACACCAUUACAACAGGAGACACCAACGCCACAACAUGAUCAGAACCAAGAUGGAGCAGACGCAACCGCCAACACAACCACCACCACCACCCCUAACCCCGAUGUCUCAAUACCAGAGCUCCCAGCCGCCUUUCCCAAGCGGCGUCGUGGCCGUCCUCCUGGACGUCCCAACAUGUCCACCAAGGAGGAAGAGUUCAAGGACCACCCGCUAGUCAAGAACUGGAAUGCGGCAUGUGCAAACCCCAAAAGUCCCAUUCUUACCGUGGCCGUUGCUAUCCGCGACGCCUUGUCAGACACUGCUCUCAAACAUGAGAAUCAGAGGAAGAUCUUCUGCUUGCCUAGCCAUGAGUACAUACACUUUGUUCAGGGGUGGAUUACCGCUCGUCAUAUCGCUGCUCAACGGCCCAGUUACGUCAACGGCCUACUCAUUCACUCUCGCGGUCAGGACGCGCCGGUAUCGUGUACCACGUGUGCUGAGCGUCGCUCUAAACACUCGUUGGGUCCGUUUUUGGAGUGUCGGGUGCUACCAGAGUUUUUCCAUGGCAGUUGUUCCAACUGCAAGUGGUUCGACAACACGUCCAACUGUUCACUGUACAAGGGUCCAAAGCCAAACAGAAAGAGGAAGGCAAAGGAGGAUCAAGCUGCUCUGGAUGCACUUGAGGGCGGAGAAGCAGGGCCCAGUGAUGCGAAUCAGAUGGUUGUCACUCAACAGCAUCAGCCACCGGUGGCAGCAGGACAGACCGGUGACCACAUACACCCUCAGCUUAUGGGCACUGGGCCGAAUAUGCACACUGGUUAUCCGGUUCACGGGCUUCAGACGGGUCAGCAUAUGACUGAUGCUCAGUUUGCACUGUCAGAGGGAGGGCAAGGGUCUCCGGGAAGUGGGGACGGUGGAACAGAGGGUGAGGGUAGUGGUAGUGGAGAUGGGGAUUCAGAUGAUGUUGAUAUGCAGGUAUCUCGUAACUUGGGGGCAUUUGUUCAGUAG